UAGACACUGCAUGUGAAAAGAUAACAGUAUUGAACUUCUGACUUAUAUCUGCAUAAACAUUUCAUUUGACAUUGCAACAUUUUUUUCCUUUUUUUGAAUUUACAGUAAGUGUACAUUUCAUUUGGCAUUGCAAUUGUUUAAUUCUACAAAUUGUCCGUGUUUGACAGUCUUCGUAUAUAUUCCAGUCGUUCUCCAGUAAUACUUGAGAAGAAAUCUUUGUGUACAAAAAGCUGUUGUUGCUUCACACUGGACCAAAGCCUUGUGUUUAUCUUAGAUACAUAAUCGACAGAUAAUUAACCAUGGGGUCAGUAGAAAAGCCGUGGCAGUUUAAUUUCCCGCCAUUUUUCACCAUCCAGCCAAACAUUGACACCAGGAAGAAGCAGCUGGAAGCAUGGUGUGAGUACGUCCUGGAACAUCAGAAAAACAAGAACAGUCACUCUCUGGACAUAAAUGAAGCUCAUUCUGCGAUUUUUACCAAUAAGGAUAUCAACCGAAAGCUUCCCAUGGACGGUGUACAGAUGGUCUUGGAGGAAUUACGGAAGAAAGGUCAUCUAGAAUGGAAGGACCCGAAGGUGCAAAAGGAAUGCCUGAUAAUGUGGCGAACACCGGAAGAGUGGGGAAAACUGAUAUACAAGUACAUAUCGUCAAAAAGCAUGAUCAACACAGUGUGCACGUUGUUUGAGCUGGCGAAUGGGGAUGAUACUGAAGGGGAGGCGUUUCAUGGCUUGGAAGACUGGUUAUUACGAAGGGCACUGCAGACGCUUGAAAAAGACGGCAAGGCUGAGCUCAUGUCAUUUGAUGGCAACGAGGGGGUCAAAUUCUUUUGACCUUGACCUUUUUGAUAUAUUGAAUUGUUCAAAGGACUAAAUGUGUUUUUGAUUUGGAUGCAUGAAAGAUGAAGCUUAUGUGUUUGUACAGGUUCUUGCGCAUUUUUAGUUAUUUCAUUGUAAAUAAUGGCGUUAUAGAACUGAUUGAUUUAUAUUUUAUAUCUCCCCAAAGUAUGAGGCAUUAUGUAAGAGUAGCCAUCGAGCGUUGUUGAUAUUUACAUGUAUACCAUUUCUUUGUAAUCAUGAAACUUAAAGAGUCUGAAAUUUACUGUCCUUGCUUUCUUAAUGAUUUUCCUUUUUAAAAUUUUUCAUUUGAACACAUGUCCAAAAAAAUCUAUAUAGCUUUUUCAAAUGGGCUCAUUGACUUUAUAUUCGAUUGAUUGUUAUCCCCCGCCAGAGGCGGAGGGAUAUUGUUUUGGCGUUGUCCGUCCGUCCGGCUGUCCGUCCUGCACUUUUGUGUCCGGAGCCAUAUCUUGAAAGUUCUUUGGUGGAUUUCAUUUAAACUUGGUAUGAGUAUAUAUAUGCAUAAGAGGAUGAUGCACGCCAAAUGGCAUUGUACACCAUCUGUUAAAAACAGACUUAUGGCCCUUUGUAUCUUGAAAAAAUGCUUUUUAGUGUCCGGAGCCAUAUCUUGGAAGUUCUUUGGCGGAUUUCAUUGAAACUUGGUAUGAGUAUAUAUUUGCAUUAGAGGAUGAUGCACGCCAAAUGGCAUUGUACACCAUCUGUUAAAAACAGACUUAUGGCCCUUUGUAUCUUGAAAAAAUGCGUUUUACUAUAGGCACUUUUGUGUCUGGAGCCAUAUCUUGGAAGUGCUUUUGCGGAUUUCAUUGAAACUUGCUAUGAGUAUAUAUAUGCAUAAGAGGAUGAUGCACGCCAAAUGGCACUGUAUACCAUCUGUUAAAAACAGAGUUAUGGCCCUUUGUAUCUUGAAAAAAUGCUUUUUACUAUAGGCACUUUUGUGUCCGGAGCCAUAUCUUGGAAGUGCUUUGGCGGAUUUCAUUGAAACUUGGUAUGAGUAUAUAUAUAUGCAUAAGAGGAUGAUGCACGCCAAAUGGCAUUGUACACCAUCUGUUAAAAACAGAGUUAUGACCCUUUGUAUCUUGAAAAAAUGCUUUUUACUAUAGGCACUUUUGUGUCCGGAGCCAUAUCUUGGAAGUGCUUUGGCGGAUUUCAUUGAAACUUGGUAUGAGUAUAUAUAUGCAUAAGAGGAUGAUGCACGCCAAAUUGCAUUGUAUACCAUCUGUUAAAAACAGAGUUAUGGCCAUUUGUAUAUUGAAAAAAUGCUUUUUACUAUAGGCACUUUUGUGUCCGGAGCCAUAUCUUGGAAGUGCUUUGGCGGAUUUCAUUAAAACUUGGUAUGAGUAUAUAUCCCUCGCCUCCUCCGUCCGUCCAUCUGUCAGUAUGUUCAUCCGUCCAAUUUGCACCCAUCCUCAAACAAAGCAUAUGUUGCGGGGGAUACCUUGGGCCUUUCAGGCCCUCUUGUUUAUUUUAAUAAGUAAUGAAUCAACACCACGGACAACACUCUUUAUAAUUACAAAAACUUUACAUUGUGAAUUUUAUUAUUGCAUAGUAAGAUAAAAAAUGAUAGUUAUAUGUUAAUUACCGUAUGUAUGCGUUACUUUGAUAUAAAAAAUUCAAAUGUUCA